AUGGAAGCGCUCUCUUGUAUGCUUGACAAGGCCUGCGAGGUUCAAAUUAUGAAAGGGGUUCAUCUUCCCGAGGACGGGCCAUUAGUGUCGCAUUUCUUCUAUGCCGACGAUGCGUUGAUUAUCGGGGAUUGGUGCAAGGAGAACGUGCUUAAUGUGGUUAGAAUUUUGAGAUGUUUCUACGCUUGUUCGGGCUUAAAAAUCAACCUUGGCAAAUCUAAUAUUUACGGUAUAGGGGUUGGCAGUUCUGAAGUGGAUGAUAUGUCGGUGGAGGUAGGGUGUAAAUCGGACUCUUUUCCGUUUAAAUAUCUAGGCCUUUCGGUUAGAGCUAACAUGAACCGGAUUGUUAAUUGGAGGCCGGUUUAUGAGAUUUUUGAGAAACGUCUCUCUCUAUGGAAGUCCGCUGUGUUAUCUAUCGGUGGGAGGGUGACGCUUAUCAGAUCUGUGCUCGAAAACCUCCCUUGUUAUUAUUUUUCGUUAUAUAGGGCUCCAGCUAAGGUAAUUGCGGACUUGGAGUGUUUGAUUAAGAACUUUCUGUGGGGUAGCUCGAGUGGGGUGAGGAAAACUCAUUGGGUUACUUGGGAGAGGGUGGCCUCGCCUAAAAAGGCCGGGGAUCUGGGUGUUUCUAAGCUUUCAGAUAUUAACACGUCGUUAUUGUGUAAAUGGGGACGGCGUUACAAAACCGAAAAGACAAUUUGUGGGUCAAGGUUAUUGACGCUCUGCAUUCAGGUGGGUCUGAGUGGGUUUUCUUGCCGAUUAAGAAGUCCCAAAGAGGGGUGUGGUCGAACAUUGCUUCGGUUCUGA